AUGGCCGUGCCCUCUGUGAUGGUGUUGCCCCUGCUGAUUGUCGUGGCAGCGGGGUUAUACUACAUCUACAAUGAAGUCAUGCAGUUUAUGUCCAUGUCCUUAGUGCGAAACAAAGUGGUGGUGAUCACUGAUGCCGUGUCCGGAGUGGGAACUGAGUGCGCCCAUCUCUUCCAUAAGGGCGGUGCCAGGCUGAUCCUGUGUGGGACUAGCUGGGAUAAGCUGGAGUCUCUGUAUAACUCUCUGACUGAUGAUACUGACCCCAGAGAGACGUUUGCCCCAAAGCUGCUGAUACUGGACUUCAGCGACAUGGACAGCAUGGAGGAUGUGGUGGCUGAGGUGGUGGAGUGUUAUGGCUGUGUGGAUGUGUUGAUCUGUAACAGCAGCAUGAAGCUGAAGGCCCCGGUGCAAACUGUCUCCCUAGAACUGGACAGAAACCUCAUGGAAAUUAAUUACUUCGGCCCCAGCACUCUGGCCAAAGGUGUUCUUCCAACAAUGAUCUCAAGAAGAUCAGGGCACAUUGUGCUGGUCAACAGCAUCCAGGGAAGACUGGCUAUCCCAUUCAGAAGUUCAUAUGCUGCAUCUAAGCAUGCGGUGCAGGCCUUCUUCGACUGCCUCCGGGCUGAAGUGGAGGAGUAUGGGAUAGUCGUCAGCACCAUCAGUCAUACCUUUAUCAACGCCUCCAACUCGCCGCCUGUGGACGGGCCCGCCCCUAAAUCAAGCACCCUGGCUGCAUGUGAGUAAAACAACCGCCAGUUGACCCAUGGUGUGCACCCGUCAGUCCUGGCCAAUGAGAUUAUGCAAACGGUGAACAGGAAGAGGAAGGAGGUCGUGCUGGCCCACCCCAUCCCCAGGGUGGCCCUCUUCUUCCGCUCCCUUCUCCCCUCCUUCCUCUUUGCUGUGCUGGCUGCCGGAGUGAAGGACUCGGUCCUGGAUGAGUAGGCGCAGUAGGAGAAAAUCUGAAAUGGAAUCAUCAAGAGAUAUGAAGUAAAGCUAGGAUUGUUUGGAAAUGGUAGAUAUGUAAUAGUAUGUGCUUAGCACAGGUCCGGAUCAGUACUUGGCAAAGCUGGCAACUGCCCCUAGGGGCCCCGGACCCUUAGGGGUCCGGCUUAAGGUUCAUCAAAUGGCAAUUAAUUUGUGGUAAUU